AUGGGAAAUGAGCAACAUCUAUGGCAAAGGAUUUCCAACGCCUUCUGUUUCCAAAUACAAUCAAGCCGUAUCUUUCAAGUUUUCUUCUUUGUUAUUGGUUUGACGUUUGGAUUUUUAACUUGUCUAUACCUAAAAAGCUUAUUGCCUUUAUUACAAGUCCCAACAUAUUCUACUAUUUCACCAAUAUCAUCAACAGUACUAGUACCGCCAGCACUACAUACACCACCACCUCCACCACCACCAAUAGAAUCAUUGCCAUCAAGUUUAGUUGAAUCAGCAAAUGGGGCAUCCAACUAUACAAGUGUUUUGCUGAAAAAACAGGAGCUCCUUACUCAUAAUAUGAGUGACCAAGAGUUGUUCCAGAAAGCAUUAAUGGUUCCACAAACAGAACUGCCUGGCCGGCAGGUUCCAAAGGUGGCUUUCAUGUUCUUGACAAAAGGGCCCUUGCCAUUGGCAACCUUGUGGGAAAAGUUUUUCAAAGGAAAUGAAGGCUUUUACUCCAUAUAUGUGCAUGCAAAUCCUUCUUUCAAUGAUUCAGAGCCUCAAGAUUCUAUCUUCUGUGGUAGAAGAAUCCCUAGCCAGCCAGUGUAUUGGGGUACAUCCUCAAUGAUUGAUGCAGAGAGACGCCUAUUAGCAAAUGCCCUACUUGACAUCUCCAAUCAAAGAUUUGUAUUGCUCUCAGAAUCUUGCAUUCCAUUAUUCAACUUCAAGAUCAUUUAUAACUACCUCAUGGACUCGCAUUUGAGCUUCCUAGGUUCCUUCGACGACCCAAGGAAGGCAGGUCGCGGUCGAUAUAGUCCCCAAAUGUGGCCCAUUAUAAACAUCAAAGAUUGGAGAAAAGGGGCUCAAUGGUUUGAAGUGCACCGUCACCUUGCCAUGCACAUUGUGUCUGACACCAAAUACUACCCUAUUUUUCAAAAACAUUGUCUCAUGCCCUGUUACAUGGAUGAACAUUAUAUUCCAACACUUGUGAACUUGUUGUACUCAGAGUUAAACUCGAAUCGAAGCAUUACAUGGGUUGAUUGGUCGAGGGGUGGCCCUCAUCCUGCAAAAUUUGGAUGGAGUGCUAUCACUAAUGAGUUUUUGAAUCAAAUUCGAUGUGGAUCAACAUGUCCUUAUAAUGGAAAUACUACAAAAAUAUGUUUCUUGUUUGCUAGGAAAUUCUUACCUAGUGCAUUGGAGCCUUUGUUAAGGGUUGCUCCAUUGUUGCUUGGUUGA